CAUAGAGCAGAGCUGACAUCAGGGGGAGGAGGAGGAGCUACUGCACAGCAUUAAAAACCUUCCCACACAGCUAUAAAGCUUUUAUAAUCAACCAGGUUGCAGAUAUAGAGGAGAUAAUCUGAAUCAAUCUAUCCUGAUGGCUCCAGUUAAGGAGGGGAAUCCAGAUGAGGCCAAGUGUACUGACAAUACCAAGACCAAAGUAAUAACAGGACUGGAGUGUAUCGCUCCACUUAUCAAGACAGCGGAGGAAACCCCUGAACCAAUCACCACCACGGUCCAAGGCACUAUCCCAUCCUGGAUCAAUGGUAACUUCCUUCGCAAUGGACCGGGGAAGUUUGAAUUUGGAAACACACACUACAACCAUUGGUUUGAUGGGAUGGCCAUGCUCCACCAGUUUAAGAUCCAGAAGGGCCAGGUGACGUACAUGAGCCGCUUCCUACAGAGCGACGCCUACAAGAAGAACAGUGAGAGGGAUCGCAUCAUGAUGUCAGAGUUCGGUACUCUGGCGAUGCCUGAUCCCUGUAAAAACUUCUUCCAGAGAUUCCUCUCUCGCUUUGAGAUGAUGGAACCCACAGACAAUGCCAGCGUGAGCUUUGUAAAAUACAAGGGUGACUACUAUGUCAGCACAGAGACCAAUUUCAUGCACAGAGUGAACCCUGAAACCCUGGAAAUGGUGGAAAAGGUUGACUGGAGCAAGUUUAUUGCAGUGAAUGGAGCCACUGCUCAUCCCCAUUACGACCCAGAUGGCACAGCCUACAAUAUGGGAAACUCCUAUGGAAGCAAAGGAGCUCUGUACAACAUCAUCAAAGUGCCCCCUAAGAAAACAGAAAGCAAUGAAACCCUGCAAGGAGCCAAAGUUCUCUGUUCAAUUGUUCCAGAAAACAAGUCCCAUCCCUCCUACUACCACAGCUUCGCCAUGUCUGAGAACUACGUCGUUUUCAUCGAGCAGCCAAUUAAGAUGGACCUCCUGAAGAUAGUUACAUGCAAGAUAAGGGGAAAGGCUUUGAAUAAGGGAAUAUACUGGGACCCGAAACAGGACACCGUCUUCCAUCUCAUUGACAAGCGUACAGGAGAGGUCACUCCCAUUAGGUACCACACCAAAGCGAUCUCCACCUUCCAUCAGAUCAAUGCCUUUGAGGAGGACGGCUUCCUCAUGGUGGAUAUGUGCUGCGCAGAUGGCGGCCAAGCCAUCAGCAACUACCUCAUUCAGAACUUACGCAAAUCAGGAGAGGCACUGGAUGAAGUGUAUAAAACCACUGACAGAACCUUUCCUCGGAGGUUUGUUCUGCCUUUAAAUGUGACCAAUGAGACGCCUUUGGACCAGAACCUGAACACCCGGCCAUCCAGCAGCGCAACAUGUGUCAAAAUCAGUGCGGACAAGGUGUUCUGCCAACAUGAGGAUCUCCAUGGAGAUGACCUAUACCAGUACGGUGGCCUGGAGUUCCCUCAAAUCAACUACAGCAGAUUUAACACCAAACCAUAUCGUUAUUUCUAUGGCUGUGGCUUCAGACACAUGGUGGGAGACUCCCUGCUCAAGGUGGACCUAAAGGACAAGACACUUAAGGCCUGGAACCAGAAGGGCUUCUACCCAUCAGAGCCGGUUUUUGUGCCGUCGCCUGAUGCAGUAGAGGAGGACGAUGGAGUCAUCCUGUCUGUGGUUCUCACACCCUCACAGGAUAAAGGAACCUUUCUCCUGGUUCUGGAUGCGAGAACCUUUGAGGAGCUGGGUCGGGCCAACGUGCCUGUAAACAUGCCUUAUGGCUUCCAUGGUACCUUCUCUGUCUCUGCAUAAACCAGUGCCUGUCAAUAUUAAAGGGAUUAAAGUUACUGAAUAUAAUGCAGUAGGUAAACAUUAAGAAUUAACCAAAGAUAUUUACGAUAUUCACUCACUUUAUUAGUAGUAUCUUUUAGCAGCUCGGAUUGGGUUUAGAGUUACUUUAAAUCUUUAAUGCAGAUAUGAAAUCAGCCAUCAGCCGCAAACUGGAUUUACUUUUUUUUCUAAAUGAGUGUUGUUGUUUUUUUUUGUUUUUUUGUAAGUGGACACUUUGUUCAAACCAGAAAAGCCCACAAAAGUGAACUCUCCUCAAAGUGAGAUUAUGGUUCUGCUCGAUUUACAUCAAUUCAAAUUAAUUAGCACCACGUCCAUUUCUAUUUCAUUAAAACGGCCAAUUUCCACCAAUCAUAGGCUGCAAGCAGCUAGUUAAACGUUGCUGCUUGUGUACAUUUUCUUUUACCUAUUGUGUAAAAAAUUAGGAAUUAAUGGUAAAUUUAGCUCACUGCUAACAUGGCUAAUGCUACAGCCCAUCAAACCAACUUAUACAGUAGUAGCCAUUUAAAAUACCACCACUUUCCUUGCUGGGCUCUUGGCAGGCCCUUGUCUUGUCCCUUAAAAAAAAUUAUUUUU